UCAUUAAAUAUAGCUUCAGGCAUUUGUAAUGCUAUAGUAUAUAAUCCAACAAUAUCUAAAAUCAAUUAGGUAUUCCUCCAUCUCUUCUCUUUAAUGCAAAGAAAAGAGGUUAAUAAAAUCAUGAAAGUUCUUAUCUUAAUCCUCACAUUCUCCACAAUUGUUGUUUUGUCUCAUGCAACACCAACAUUGCUCACUCGGUUUGAAUCUCAAAUAAAUCAAUCUUCGGCACUUGACGUUACCCAGUUACAAAAUUUUGAUAAAUGGGAUUGCAAAUACAAGGUUACCGUAAAAACAAGUUGUCGCUCUCCAGUUCAUACAAAUGACAUAAUCACUCUUUCAUUUGGAGACGCUUCACGCAAUGGAUUGAUUUACAUUGAGAAUAUGGGUGGUCCUAAGGAUGAGAGGGUGGGGCAGUGCAUGACAGUUCAAUUGGACUUAGAGGGACCAUGUCGCGACAAAAUCUGCAGAUUGUUGAUAAUUAGGAGUGGACAUCAUAGUUUGUUACCAACGUUUGAUGAUACUUGGAUAGUAGAGUAUGUCUACAUAGAGGACUAUAAGAACCCUCCAAUCAGAUUUGAUUUCGAUGAGAACUAUAUUAUUCCUGAUGAUGGUUUGGGAUAUGGCCCCAACUAUUGUCCUAAAUAUUAGUGUUAAUUACAUUCCUAAAAUAAUAUUAUAUGGACUCUUUCUUUCUUUUUAUUUUUUUUAAAUAAAGAUAAUCUUAUUGUAUUUCAUAAAAAUUAGAAGCAACAUAAUAUAUAAUAUGUAUGGAGCUUAGAGUUGAAUUAUCAAGUUGCAUGUUUGUAUUGGUGUGGUUCGAUCGUGACCGUGUCGGUACUUUAUUUGUGAUA